GUUUUUACCUUCGACAUUGAUGGCUUUGCCUUUUCGUGCCUUGCUGGCGAUAACCCUGUGGCGCGCUACAUUGGACUUGUUCUUUUCUUCCCAGCUUGUCUUCUUUGGCUACAAUUCUGUGGCCUCAUUUCCAAAGUGAAUCCCAAGUGGGCCUGGGACACGAUCAAGCUUCGUAGCACCAUGGGUCAGUUCUUGCAGGUGGCUUUUUCGACGAUGAGCAGCACCGCUUUGGUUCCAAUGAUUUGCUACAAGCACCCCAACGGACAACGAAGUAACCUCAAGUAUCCCAACGUCUUCUGCGGCAGCGAUGAGCACACCGCUAUGGUCAUCGCUGGUUCUUUGUGUUUGUGGUUUCUGGGCCUUUGCGGCCUGGCUGGCGUACAUGUGCCCCAAGUUCAGCGCCAGUGGGAGAUACGAUCUGGUGCAGAGUGCUUGGUCGAUGGAUUAGUGGGCUGCUUGAGAAAAGGGAGAAAGAAGAUUACGCAGAAGAAGUUUGGAAGCAUUGAACUCAUUGAACAGCUACUCCAGAAGCGAAUCCUAGAAGGUGGCAGAUUUCUGUUGGGGCGUUUUAGACUCGAUGUCUGGUGGUAUGGAGUGCCAUUGCUCUUGCGAGGACCAUUGCUGGCACUGACCGUGGUAUUGGCUCCGGACGAUCCUGCCGUGCAAUGUUUGGGUUGCCAGAUCAUUCUGAUGACGUUCAUGGCUGUGCAAAUCUACAAUUGGCCUUGGAAAGCACCCAUUCUGAACGUGGUGGACAUGGUGAUUUGCUUCUUACUUGCCAUCCUGGUAGUUGUAGCAGGCUUCUAUGUCCCAGUUGCCUCAGGUGGCUUGCUGACGUUCUUCGAGAUCUUCAGCAUGGUGGUGUUUGCCCUUUUAUUUGGUGUGGUUGGGAUCAUGAUCUUGGCCUCCGUGCUGGCGCUCUUCUACCGCGCAGCCAUUGGCAACCAAAAAGAGUUGAAGAUCAUGACGGUGGGCACGACACCACCACCCACACAGAUUGCCUCGGAGCUCUUCAACAUGAUUGCGGCUCUUGCUGGCAAACCCACGGAACACUUGGCCCAAAAGAUGGAAAAACUUGGGGUCUACGACUUGCAGACGUUGAAAGUGGCCAUUGCGGUGUUGCGCACCGAGGUGGUGGAGAUGGGGCCAGACUUGGCGCAAAACUCCAGUCGCUCCACGAGCCGCAUCACAUCCGAAGCCUUGGCGCUGAAGCCGGCGCCCAAAGCCGCGGCCGCGCCCGCUCCGAAGUCAGAGCCAACGGAGCUCGAGGCAACGGAGCUCGAGGCCGCUAAGAUCAAGCAGGCUUGUGUGUAGCUGAGCUGGCCCGCUGGCAGCGCAAAACCUGAUCUAUCUAAUCUUCAACUGGAGAGCUGUAGGAUUUGGCAAAGUUCAUGCGACAGUUAUAGGAUGCUAAAGGGGUAAUGGAAGGGGGCGAACAUGCCUUCCUAGUCUUUUGUAAAGGGUUAGAUCC